UUUAGAGCUAAUAGUGUAUUAUCCGAUACACAUAAAGCUGAAAUAAUGAAAUUAGAAAUAUCCUGUGAAACGUUAAGAAAGAGAGGCUUUGAAAUAUCACGUAUUUUGCUGCUUUGACGUUAUUUAAAAUCUCAUAUUUUUAAAUCUCAAGAUUUUGCGUGAACAAUUAUCUUGCUUCUUAAGUAAUUUUAAUUAAUUUUUAAUAGAAGGAUGACUAUCAUGUUUUAAAACGUAAAUCUUUAUUCUGAGUAUCCUGAUACACUCUUGAUAAGAUUCAAGUAGAGACUAUAAACGCCAAACGACCUUAGUGCCGAAACUUUCCAACCGUGAAAUAUCGCUACUCUUUCAAACUUUCAUCUAGAGAAGCAAUUAUGCAUAGAAAUUUCAUAAGCGUACAAUUACGUUACGAAGUUGCGGACAUCUUCCGCUUAUCUAGAUUGCGUCUCUCGAAAUCUUAAUUCUUCAAGCCAUGAAAUCCCAACUACCAUGAAACCUCUUCAAUUGUUCUCGGGAAUUGAAUCGCAUCAUUAAACAUUACACAUCACAAUUACAGAGUUUAAAUCGCGGUUAUAAAAUACAAAUAUACAAUUAUUCGUAAUUUUUAAAUUUGAGUUAACAAGGCAUUUAGUUAUAUAUAGGUGGAGGGAUCAUGUAUAAAAAUUUGCACGAAGGAAGAAAUGGGACUGCUUGUACGACAGUUACAUACAUCUUUGUCGCGGACCAUCGGAGGACCAUUCUUCCCGUUUUGUCGCGCCCGAAAUCGAUUGCAUAAAAUCGAUAUAAUACUUACUAGAAUUAACAGCGGGCCGCCGCGGUGAGCUUUCCAUCUAUUCCCGAGAAUUUCGAAGAAUCGCGCGAUUUCGUCAUCUCACUUACGUGCAACGCCGUGCUCGGCCGUAGUUGCAUAACUCGGCAAUGAAACGGCGAACUAUCUCGGUGUUUUGAAAUGGCCUACACAUGCACGUUCGCGGGCGUAACCGGCCGGUUUUCCCAUACCUACAUAUCCACGCGAAUCCACGCCAUGGAGCACGAAUUGUAAACAUCCGUCCAUGGUGCAUAAUAUUCACAUAAAAUUUGCGCAACGUUACGCGGCUACCGUUGUAUAAAAUAGGCGUCCAUGGGAAGAUGCUUUCAGUAUAGCCGACCGAAGCCGUUCGAGAAGUGAAUUCAUUAUGAGUUACUAUUUGUUUCUCCCUUUAUUGAUAGUCGCCGUUUGCGAGGCGGGUAUAAUAACGGAUCACUCGCAUCACACCCAUGGCGUUUAUCACGGUUACGGUGCUACCAGUUAUCAAAACGUGCAGCUCGAGAAUCACGAUGCUCUAGUGGUACCCGCAAACUAUGGGGAUCCCGCGGAGCUUCACGAGACUUUGGCGCACCAUCAUCACGAGCAUGUCAUUCCAGUCGUGGAGGACCACAAUGACAUAGAUCACAUCGUGUCCCAUUCAGCUCCAUAUGAAGAAUUUACCAACGCUGAAUUAAAAUCUGACUUACUCGAGCACGUUUUCGAUCAUGACCAUUACGCUCUUCAUCUAUAAAAAUAGUUUAGAAAAUAUUGUAUUCAAUAAUUAAAAUUCAAUCCUUUUUUAUGUGAUCAAUUUGAACAAUUCAAAAUUAAUUGAAAAGUUCUGAGGCUUAAAUGUACUUAACAGGUUUGUUGGAUUGCCUAAUAAAUUAAUAUAUGUUUUGUAUAAUACUUUUUUUUUGUUACUUGUAGCAUAAUUCUUACCGCAUCGUAGUUUUUAUCGACGUUCAAAUAUGUACGCUCUUGUGAAGACGAUUACUCGCAAUAGAACGGAAAUAAUUGCGAAUGCGAUUUGCGUAAUUUUUUUUUAUUUUGUCCUUUAUAUCCAAUAUAGACAUAUAUAUGUAUAGGAUGAUAUAAUAAUUUAUGUAAAUAACAUUAUGUUAUAAUGAAAACAACAACGUGGUAAUCAUUAUACUA